UGAGAACAAGUGCCUACAUAACCGACGUUACUCAAAUUUGUACUAAAUGAAAUACUUGUGCUCAAUUUUUGCUAUUUUUUUCUUUAGGGCUGUUUUUGCAGCUGCUGAAGACUCAGAAGUUCGGCCAAUGUCGAGACGGUCUCGGCCAUGGUGUGAACGUGGUUCAUGUCUCCAAGCCUGCAUCAGCCACAAUUUCGAUUCAGGAUAUUGCUAUGGACACGAUUGCAUAUGCCACUGCCCAAUAGAAUCUGAUCAAGUCCGGUCGGUUUUGAGCGUCCGCGCACCUUCCGUAAUAGGUGGUUCUGUGGAACCAUGUGAAGAUACUUCAUGUAACGAGCGCUGCAUCAGCAAGGAAUUCAUGAAGGGAUUUUGCUAUCAAGGAUUCUGCCAGUGCCAAUGCAUAGGAAUGUCUGAUCGUUCGUGAUUUCCCUCUCUGUUUCAAAAAUCUGUGAAUAAUGUUAAAUAAAGGCAUUAUUUUCGUUAUGGAUAGUUCUAUCUACUUUAUAGUUUCCCGUAUUAAAGGACCUAUUCAAAAAAUUUACUAUGUGAAUGGUUUUUAAUUUGCGAUAAGGAUGGGUCGGUGCUGAAAUGGAGUAGAGCAAAAUGUGCACGUAUGAAGAAUUGUAUUAAUUGAAAAGCCUAUACAGGGUGUCCCAUUCAUCCAGUACGGAGUACUGCAACAGAAACUAUUUAAAUUCGUCGGUCAGUCCUAACUUGAUUUUUUUAAUGGAGUGUCAUAUUUCCCAUCAUAUAUUCGGACAGACCGUUUUAAAGUAAGAAUAUUCAUAUGGUAUGAAACACCUAUGGGUUCUGAUUAUUAUCUUAUCCGAAAAAACGCUAAAGUUUGACAGCUUGCGCAUUGUCUAUCUUGACAGGAGGAAUAGGGAAUUUUGCGUCAACUAUUUUCAUUUUUUUAUGUUCAACAUUAUUCAUCCAUUUUUUAAAUUUUCUGUAUAAUCAAAGUGG